AUGGGCGCAUGUUUCUCCUCGUCUGCUCACGACAAGGAGCGCGAGAGAUCUGCAAACAUUGACCGCGCAAUCGAAGAAGAUGCAAAGCGCUUUAAAAAAGAGUGCAAGAUUCUCCUGCUCGGCUCUGGCGAGUCGGGCAAGUCGACGAUUGUAAAGCAGAUGAAGAUUAUUCACCAAAACGGUUAUUCGCAUGCAGAGCUCCUCAUGUUCCGUCCUACCAUCUACCGUAAUCUCCUCGAGUCUGCAGAAGCCGCCGUCCUCGCCAUGCGCAAGCUUGACAUCCAGCCCGCCAUGGAGGCCAACCGCACCAACGACGUCCUCUCCCGCAUCGAAGUCUGGUGCUCCCGUAUGCGUUCCGAGGGCUGGUGGGGCGGUGAGCGCGGUGCCAGAGGCGCGCUCAUGUGGAUGGACGGCGAGCUCGAGAGCGAAGCCGCCAAAGUCGCCACUAUUGGAGCUUCAAGUCCUAUCCCAGCUCCUCUAGCUGCCCACAAUCCUACCAAUAGCGCAGAUGGUGUCACGCUCGGUUCGUUUUUCCAUGCGAGCCAAGUCGGCUACAAUGGCGACGUCGAUGGCCCACUCCAGCUCGCACAGACCUCGGACAGCUCUGGUUCGUCUACAAAUGUCAGUCGUUCAAAGUCGGAAAAGGAAAAAGAUGCCGCCCUCUCCACCUAUGAUCCGCGCAACCCCGACGCGGGCCUCCCGCUUGAGAUUGCACAGGCCAUUCACGACUUGUUCGAGGAUCCAAUGUUUAAAUAUCUCGUCGAAGAACGCUCCGGCGAGUUUUACAUGAUGGACUCUGGUGUCUACUUUAUGGAACAUGCGCUUCGUAUUGCUUCUGGUCCAGAAUAUGUACCAACGACCACCGACGUCUUGCGCGCGCGUGCAAAGUCGGUUGGCAUUGCAGAGACGAGAUUCGACAUGGGUCCGCUCUCUAUUCACAUGUUUGAUGUCGGUGGACAGCGUUCAGAGCGCAAGAAAUGGAUUCACUGCUUCGAGGCCGUGACUUCAAUCAUCUUUUGCGUCGCCCUCAGUGAAUACGACCAGGGUCUAAUCGAGGCAAAGACGACAAACCGUCUCGUCGAGUCGCUUGUCCUAUUCAACAGCAUUGUGCACUCGCAAUGGUUUGUCCGGACGUCCAUUGUGCUCUUUUUGAACAAGAUGGAUGUGUUUAAGAAGAAGAUUCCAAAGAUUCCGCUCUCGAAUCAUUUUAGCGAGUACGCUGGCGGGCCGGACGUACAAAAAGCCGCCAAAUUUAUCCUGUGGAAGUUUACGCAGGAGAAUAGGGGCAAGUUGAGCAUUUAUCCACACCUUACGCAAGCCACAAAUACCAACAAGAUCAAACUCGUGUUUGCUGCGGUAAAGGAGACGAUUCUCUCAAACUCGCUAAAAGAAUCUGGCAUCCUCUAG